CUCCCGGACGCCGGGCGGGCAGGUCGGAGGACAGAGCGCUCGUCGCGGUCCCUCGCUCCCACAUCACUCGGUUCGCGAGGCGGACGACGCCGCGUGUUGUAGCAUCCGCGUCCUGCUCGUGGCCUCCCUGUGUGAUCUGGGAUCGGCGACGCAGGUCGUCGACGCCGACGUCCCCGUGACGCCCCCCGUUCCUCCGUCGUGACGCCCUCGUGACGUUCGUCCGCGUGACGGCCCGCAGUGACGACCCCUCGUCGGCGAGCCGCCCCAUCGGCAGUUUGAGCCGCGGAUUAAAUUACACCCCCGCACGAGUUCGGCCAGCUCAAGAGGCCCAGUGGUGCACGCUUGUGUGUGCGUUUGUGUGUGUGUGACGAGCAAGUGCGUCGGUGUGCGUGCGCGUGUGUCAGUGCAGUGUGCAGCGCCGUCAGGAAGUGAACCACCGUCUCUGUCGAACCCCCGCCCCCUCGGCGGGCCCCGGGCAGCGGUGCUGGUGUUGCCGCGGUGUGGCGUGUCGGACGGCACGCGAGACGGACGAGACGCCCCGCAAUCUGGCGGCGUCCUCCCCGCCCGCCCAUUAGCGCCGCGCCUCCCGGCCGCCGCCACGCCCCAGGGCCGCCUCCCCCCGGCCGCCGCCACCAUGGCCGCCGCGCCGCCGAGCAGCUGGCCGUCGAGGCCGUGCGCCGGGCCGUGCGCCCCGCUGGAGGUCCCCGCGGCCCAGGCCCCCUCGCGGCCCUGAAGCCCGUCUCAGCGCCCGCGCCUUCCCCCGCCAUGGGGCGGCCCACCUGCUCGGCCUGGAGGGCCGCCGCCGUCCCGCUGCUGCUCGCCGUCGUCCUCACAGAGGUUGGCGGCCUGAGCGACGUGAAGGUGCAGAUGCCGCAGUCCGCCAGCCCGGGGGACGACGUGUACAUGCGGUGCCUGUACAACCUCGACAACGACCAGCUCUACACCGUCAAGUGGUACAAGGGCCGGCAGGAGUUCUUCCGCUACGUGCCCAAGGAGCUGCCCAACACCAAGGUGUUCCCGUUGCCGGGCGUCAAUGUCGACGUGAGCCUGUCGGACGCCCACCAGGUGGUCCUUAAGUCCGUCCGCCUCAACAUGGCUGGCAAGUUUCGCUGCGAGGUGUCCACAGACCAGCCCAACUUCCACACCGAGAUGGUGGCCGGAGACCUGCACGUGGCCUACCUGCCCGUGGACGAGAGCCCCCUCUUGCUGGCCGAGAAGCAGCGCUACUCCGUCGGGGACGUGCUCCGGGCCAACUGCACCGUCCGGGGCGCGCACCCGGCCGCCAACAUCACGUGGUACCUCAACGACGUCAAGAUUAACUCCUCGUCGGAGCGGUCCUUCCCCACGCCGCUGAUGCUGCGCGCGCCCAACCCCAACAAGCUGCUGACGGGCGGCUUCUCGGCCGCGCAAGAGGACGAGGCCCGUCGCAUGACGGUCGUGUCGGCGCUGGAGCUGGAGAUGGGCGCCGACUCGUUCCAGUACGGCAAGGCGCGGCUGCAGUGCCGAGGCUCCGUGUGGGCGCUCUGGGAGCGCAGCCAGCAGCUGGUGCUGGAGGAGGAGCGGCCGCGGCUGUCCCCCGUCAUCGGCUCGGGCGACUCCAGCGCAGGAUGGUCGCGGACCGACUCACUAUGCGCGUGGUUCGUCGUGCUCCACGCCGCGUUCCUGGCGAGGUAGCGGACCUAGAGCGGGCCUAGACUCGGCUCGGCAUGGCUCGCCUAACGGGGCUGACUCGGCCUGCGGCCCGACUCGGCUCGUCUAGCACGCUGGCGUCUACGUCGUAAAGAAACGUGCUGAACUGAUGCGCCCGUGUGUUUACGUCGUGUUUAGUGUGUGACCGCCGGACACGUGUGCGGGCGUCCCGUCUACUCUCGGGACUGUUGAAGAACGUUGUUGACUGCAGUGGUUUGGUGGUGUCGUGUACUGCGUCGAAUCCCUGUACAUUAUUUGUAAAGUAGGAAAAUAUUGAGAAAGUGUGAUAUUAUUGUAUGGUGGGUUUAUUGGGGGGAAAGGUCAUGGCAUUGUUUCGUGUGACGGUGAUAUGUGAUGUAUCUCAUGCUGACGCUCUGUACUUACAUGGGGUGGAAUUUAAAGUAUUUGUUGUACGUUCUGCGAGGCAAACACUCACUUAUUGUUAUUGAUGGUCGCGCCUAUCGGUUAGUGAAGCUCUGAUCUAAAAAUGUUUCCUGUUUCUAUAGAACGUUCAUUCAAUCAGUAUGGCAUUGAGUGCUCAAUAUGCAUUGGAAAAGGUAAACUUGAAAAGAUGCUUAUAUCUAAGAUACCACAGACAAAAUCGGUCGUUCAAUUUUAGGAACGAUUUACCAGUCUUUGGUCGUAUCUCUUUUACGACAUUCUAACGUGUUGAAUUUCUUAACCUGAAAUACGCGGCCGAGAGAAACUAUUUGUAGUACCUCCUGUCUAAAUUUGUUAAAAACACAUGUGAUAUUAUUCAAAUAGGACAAACAUGUCUUUGUAUAGUGAUUCUCUUUGUGUAGCUUGAAUGCUAUUGGUGCUUUAAACGGCGAUUUACAUUUGUGUAAACCCUACUUUAAAUUUUAAUUAACAAAAGAGAAUCACGCGUACACAGUAUGUUGGUGCUCCUAUACUUAUCAAGCAAUGCUCAUCUGUAAAUAUUACCAUCCAGUGAGUGCUGCUUGACUUAUUAUUUAUAACUGAAAACUAGAUCGUCUUCUUACGUCACGAUUUGCCAGACUGUUGCAUUCAGAACCCUUAUCGAGGUGUGUAAGAGUCCCUUACAAACAAGUUAGGUUUACCUCUAUUGUUGUGUUUUGACAGCGUCCACAUUUUCCAAAACCCGCCUCUCGUCCCAACGCUCAAAUCAAAUGUAUGUCUAUGGGAUGUCUAAUUUCUUGCUAGUUUCUUUUAUUUCGGUCCCCUAGAGGCUCUUUAAGUGCAGCAUGAGAAAUAAAAUGUUCGUGUAUUUAUUUUAUCUGUAAAUAAGAUUAAUUUAAAAACAUUUGUCUGUAGAGAGAUCUCAUUAAAGGCUUAUGUUGUGAUGUGUUGAAA